AUGCAGCACCCCGGCGAGAAGUUGUCGUCUUCCCUCCGCGACGCCCUCCAGGCCGCCACAGCCUGGGGCGCCAACGAAGCCCACGACGACGGCCACUGGUACGGCGAGCUCAAGGCCAAUGCUACACUGACAGCCGAAUACAUCAGUUUACUGUGCGCCCUCGACAUGCCCAUUCCCAAUCCAAACGGAUGGAUCCAGUGGCUGCUGGCGAACCAGCACGACGACGGCGGCUGGGGCAUCGCAGCCAGUCUGCCCGGCGAGAUCUCGACCAGCGUGGAAGCGUAUUUUGCGCUGAAGCUGCUCGGCCUCUCUCCUGACCAUGCGGCCAUGCGCAGAGCUCGCCAGUUCAUCAUCUCCGCCGGUGGCGUCGAGAAAGUCCGGGUCUUUACGCGCAUCAACCUGGCCAUCUUCGGCCUCUACCCGUGGACUGCCGUCCCCCAGCUCCCCCCAGAGCUGAUCAUGAUCCCGACCUGGGUCCCCUUCAACAUCUACAACAUGUCCUCGUGGGCCCGAUCCACCGUCGUCCCCCUGACCAUCGUCCGCCACCACGAGCCCGUCUUCCGGCCUGCGGCGAUGGAGAAGCAAGGCCGCGCCUACCUCGACGAGCUGUGGUGCAACCCCGAGAACAAGCAAGUCCCCUACGCCCCAGGCAUCACCACGCUGCUGAAGGGCGACUUCUUCAGCACUGCCAGCGUCGCCGCCGACUACGUCCUCCACAAACUCAACGGCCUGCGCUUCUCCCCGCUCAACCGCAUCGCCCGCCGCAAGUGCCUCGCCUGGAUCCUCGAGCGCCAGGAGAAAGCCGGCGACUGGGCCGGCAUCUUCCCUCCCAUGUUCUUUGGGGUUCUGGCUCUCCUGCUCGAGGGGUACUCCAUGAAUUCUGCGCCCGUCCGCGGCGGCUUGUCUGGCCUGGAGCGCUUCAUCUGGUCCGACAAGAACGGCAUCCGCAUGCAGUCGUGCGUCUCGCCCGUGUGGGAUACCGUCCUCAUGACGAUCGGCCUGCAUGAUGCGGGCUAUCCCCGUCCACACCUGCAGAAGGGCAUCGACUGGCUCACGGCACGGCAGCACACCGGCCGCAACGGCGACUGGAAGGUCCUCAAGCCAACCGUCACAACCGGCGGCUGGGCCUUCGAGUACCACAACACCUGGUACCCGGACGUCGACGACACAGCCGCCGCGAUCCUGGCGUAUGCAAAGCAGGACCCGGCCUCCGUGAACAGGCGCGUCGUCACCAACGCCAUCGAGUGGGUUAUUGGUAUGCAGAACGGCGACGGCGGCUGGGGCGCCUUUGACUGGGAGAACAACAAGGAGUUCUUCAAUAGGAUCCCUUUCUCCGAUAUGGACAGCAUGUGCGAUCCCUCGACCGCCGAUGUGACCGGUCGCAUUCUCGAGGCGUUUGGGCUCGUUCUGAAGAUUGGGACAGAGACGCCAUCCCACCAGGUCUCGUCAUCGCUGGAAUCACGCAUGCGCGAGACGGCCGCUCGCGCCAUCGCCUACCUCGAGGCCCAAGAGGAGCCCUUUGGCGCGUGGUACGGCCGCUGGGGCGUGAACUACAUCUACGGGACCAGCAAUGUUCUCUGCGGGCUGACGUACUGGGAGACGAACCCCGACGGGUCAUCGAAUGACACCGUGCGCAUGCUCAUGGACGACGGCGCGCGGUGGCUCGUCAAGAUGCAGCAGCCCGACGGCGGCUGGGGCGAGUGUCUGGAGACGUACAGGGACGUCAGUCUCGCGGGGACGGGCCCGACCAGCGCAACGCACACGGCGUGGGCGAUCAUGGGUUUGGUGGCGCGCUUGGAUCCGGGCGAUCCGGUGCUUGUCCGUGGCGUGCAGUUUCUGAUGCAUCGCCAGGUGAAGGAGGGGGAGCUGAACGGGUCGUGGGAUGAGCAGCCGUAUGCGGGCGUGGGCUUCCCGAAUCACUUCUACAUUGACUACACGCUGUACAAGCAUUACUUUCCGCUGAUGGCGCUGGGAAGGUAUGCGCGGGCGGUUGGGGUGGUCGAGGAGUCGGAGUUGGCGUAA